CAUUCGACAAGCCCCAAACUGUAUCCGCCGCCGUCGUGGUAUUCAGUGGUACGAAAUAGUUUCAUCACAGUUCCUUCUCGCUUCCUCUUUUGUUGCUGGUGUCGGUGUGUGUCAAAAAAACGAGGGGAGUUUUAUCGUUUUGCGUCGUUGGGAUAUUUUUGGUUAGACAAAUUGGAUUUCUGUAUCUACAGUUACACAUAGAUACAGAAAACCAAUGUUCACACGGGAGAUAAUUUAUUUGAACGAUAAAUAAAUGUCGCAUAAAAACUUAGCACCACUAGAGUUGGCCAAGUCUGCUCUCGCUCUUUUGCAAGAGGGUUCGGAUAGUGAAGAUGAAAUAUUAGCUCUAAGUUUGGUCACAUCUGCAGUUGCUCUGCAUUUGCUUAAACAACCAAAGUAUGGAACAAAAAUACGCCGCAUUGCCGUUCAAGAUGAGCUCGAUGAUGACUUCAAUAGCUAUUCUAAAAGUCCAUCGCCGGAUAGAUCAAUGACUGUACGACGACUUCCAAACAUUCGUCCGGAAAUGCGCCGUCAGAUUGUUAUGAAUUCACCGCCUGCUCCUAUUGAAGAAAAGAUUGAAGAUAGCGGUGAUGCAGAUGACGAAGACUUUAAGAUCGAACUUCAUUCGACGCCAAUGAAUGGGGAGCAGUUUAAUGACACGGAAACGAACGGCGAUGUCAAAGACGGAAUACAAGACUCUGACAAAAAACGUCGAAAACAAUGGUCCCAGUUCGAAGACGAACGAAGACGAGUACUCCUCGGUCUGAAACCCACCGAUUCACUUGACCUAUUCUGUGCCGAACCCAAAAUUACUGACUACAUGAGUCUAUUCUUGGACUUUCUCAAAUUGGACAUAAACACCUUCAACUUACUCUUAUCACUUAUCAAAAAAGAUAUCGAUCAUCAAACAACCUGCAUGCGAAUGACUGUUGCAUCUGAACAACGUUUGGCAAUAAUUUUGAGGUACCUGGCCGCCGGAGAAACUUAUAUUACCAUGGAAAGGAAUAUCAAAGUAUCAAGAUCUUUUCUCUGCGUCAACCUGCCACAGUUAUCAAAAGCACUUUGGACAAAUUUACAGGAGAAAUAUUUAAAGUUGCCAUCAUGUGAAGCUGAAUGGGCAAAUAAAGCGGAAGAAUUCGACAACCAAUGGCAUUUUCCCCUAUGUCUAGGAGUCUUGACACGACGGCACUUCAAAUUCAAGUCGCCGCGGACAGCGAACUUGCUUGCCUUGGUCGAUGCAAACAGCAAAUUUUUACAUGUUGCUAUAGAAAAGGAAGAAGAAAGUGUCUAUUUGGCCCAAGAUACAGCCCCUCCACCACAAAGUAUCGGUAACAACAGAGUGCUACCGUAUGUCUUCAUUUCGGAAAACGGCUUUGACUUAGAUGACCAUAUUCUGACCCCUUUUGUUUACACCGAUACAAUUGCUCGGCGGGAUUUUAACAACCGCUUGAAAGCUGCCGCUCAAGUUGCUGAUCACGCGUUUCGAUUACUCGUGAAACGCUUUAAGAUUCUUUCGUCGCAAUUGAGCAUAUCUCAGCCCAACUUAGAAGACGUUAUCAAGGCCUGUUGCAUCUUGCACAACUUUCUAAUCGAGCAUAAUUCGGAUUUGUAUGCAGCACAACCUGACGAGGAGUACACAGAAGCUGGACCUGAAGUUAUAGCUUUAGGUGGAGUUACGCAUUACAAUGAAAACGCCGAGGCCAUGAGAGAGGAGUUUGCAGAUUACUUUGCAAAUGAGGGAAAUGUACCUACCUUUGAUGUCAGGAUGUUGGAUGACGACAUUGGAGCAUCUUCGUCUAACGUCGUCGUAGAUGUCAUGUCACUCUGAGCACGAAGCCUUGGGUUUUCUUCUGGUCUUUGUAAACUUUCCGUUUUGUGUUCGGUGUCACCGUUUGUAUUCGAUGGAGCAUCUUCAAUCGCGUUCUAUAAUUAAAAAAAAUAAACUUUUAACGUUAAAUAAUAAAAGAAAACUUUAAAAAAUUACUUACAUCUACGGUUUUUGAGUUUGAAUUUGAAGGCGUACAAUACGGCGAACUGUUAUACCGAUUAUUACAAUAUGGUUUCAACCAUUCCAUUUUUUUGAAACACCAGAACUUUGGUUUGUAUUUUUUGCUCCGCACCAUGCAUCGCAGGUCCUUGUUAAACUGAGCGCGAAGAAUUUGAAUUUUGGUUUUCAGAUUCUCAACACUAACUUUAAGGCCCAAUUUAUCUAGUAGCACUUUGCAAAUGCUCUCAAGGCAUAGCUGUCUUUUGGAACGAUUUAAAUAGUCUGGAUGCCGUUGAUCAUAAAGAGUUUUUUUUUUCCGCAGCUCGUUAAGAAUGAUUUCGAUUGAUGGCUUUGUCCACAUGCCACUCUGUUCGUUCGAUGAUUUUUCUUUCCUCAUUUUCAAGCCGUUUUCUGUGCUGCUUGCUGUUUGCUGUACCAGAGCACAACUCGAACUGUUUGUGUGUAGCUGUAGCGUGCUCGUCGAAGUUUACAACAACGAUGAAGAGGAGAGAAGCAAAGAAGGCGGUAAAUUGCCUCAGUUUACACGAACGAAUUUUUGUUGCAUGUAUGUGUGAACUAUGUGCUGUAUUCGCUGAUGUAUCUUUUUCCCCUAUAUAAAGUGGGUGCAGGCAGACAACAAAUUUGUGCUGGCUGCUUGGUGCUGUUUGUACUUGAUGUCUGACUGCUGGUUGCCAGCUCGAGUGUACGAACGAAUUAUUUUCGGUGAGUGGUAGGUAGGUAUCUAUCUAUACUUAUAUUAUGUUUAUUGCUUAUGACAUUUUACUUUUCGAAAAUUUAUAAUGGGCAUUUAAUAUCUAUUGCUCUUGGUUGCUUUUGUUUUUUAAAUGCAUCUAUGAUGCUGAUAUUUGUGUAUAUCAUGAUUAUGGGUUUGCAGUUGCAGGGUUAAUGGACAUGUUGCUGACCUUAUGUUUUUCAGCUGAGUAAAUACUUGCAUACGUGGGUAUUUGUAUUUUUAUAAUUACACUGUGUUAGAAAUUAAAAAUCUUGUUAAUUACUUUGGAAGUGACCUAGCACUCUAGCAGAGGUUGUAGCUUGUAGGUAUUACUGAGUACAUCAAAAAUUUCAAGUUAUCGUCAAAAAACCGUAUUUCAAUUUUUUCACAUUUCAACAAUUUUUUACUCAGUCAUUUUUCGGUCAAUUUCAGAUUUUUUUACAGUUUUAAAUAGAGGAAUACUUGUUCUUUUUGAAAAUAUUUUUUUAUUUUGCUCAAGCACCAAAUUGGGUGUAGAUUUUAUGGACUGAAUCUCAAAGUACAACAUUUUUUAACCGUUUUUUUUUUUUUUAAUUCGGAGACCGUUUUAAGCUACAUUUUGUGUUUUUAAAUUUUUUUUUAUCAAAACAAUUUUUACUCAUAAAAAUUAGUUAGGAAUUGUGGAAGUUAUGAUUUUUUUAUUUCAAUUUAUUGGGACAAUCGAGGAAAUGAAAAACUAAUUUCUUUGAUUUGUUAUGGUCUUAAAUUUUAAGAAAAUAUGUUAUUUUUUGAAACUACGUUUGAAAAAUUUUGAUAUCGUUUUUGGUUGCUCAGAUAUAAAUUUUAAAUGUUGUUCAUUUUUUCUUGACCAUGAUAAAACAAGCUCACAAAAAAAAAGUGCCAAUACUUUUAACCGGACCCGUCUAUCUUUAUGUAUUUUGGCGUGUUGUCAGUUUUGCCCAAAAACCCUCAAAAUUUUGAGGAAAUUGCAAAAAAUCAUGAAAAUUUGGGUUUUUUGCAAUAAAUUGAAAUUUCUUUCUCGAGUAAAAAAAUCAUAACUUCCACAAUUCCUAACUAAUUUUUAUGGAUAAAAACUUUUAUGGUUCAGCAUGAAUAGAACAGUAAAACUGUUCAUAAAAAAAAUUUUUAAAACAAAAAAAAAACAAAAUGUAGCUUAAAACGGUCUCCGAAUUAAAAAAAAAAAAAAACGGUUAAAAAAUGUUGUACUUUGAGAUUCAGUCCAUAAAAUCUACACCCAAUUUUUUGCUUGAGCAAAAUAAUAUUUUCAAAAAGAACAAGUUUAAAACUAUACACAAAUCUGAAAUUGACUUAAAAUUUUGAGGGUCUAUGAAAAAUUUCAAGUGCCCAGAUAUGAUGUACUCAGUAAUACCUACAACCUCUGCUAGAGUGCUAGGUCACUUCUAAAGUAAUUAACAUGAUUUUUAUUUUGUAACACAGUGUUAUUAUACCUAGAAGUUUAUGGUAGGUAGGAAUGUUUUUCAGUGAUAUUAUUUUCGGGCAGGUAGGUAAGUACAAAUUAGGUAGGUAGGUAGGUAUAAUGCUAUAUUUUUCUUAAAUAUCUAGGUGUUAUUAAUAGUUGGAGGUGAUAACAAGGAAAUAUUACAAAAGAAGUUAUUAGUUAUUUAUAAAAAGUUAACAGUGGCCUGAUUAUGGAAUACGAAGUCGAUCGUUUAAGAUUCGAUGUCCCCCUUUCGAUUCGCCGCGAAUCGCUCAAUUAUGGAAUUCGAAGCGAAUAUUUCCAAUAUUCCAGUCUGUCUAAACACGUAUACUUUUUUUCUUUAAGCCUGGUACGCUGCUCGCGCUAAAUUUUAGCCAAGAUAAAAUUUCCAUUAAAGUUAUCGAUAAUUUGUUGGGACUCAUUUUAGCCCAGCUAAAAUUUUUCGAUAAUUUGUAUGGGAGCUAAAAUUUAGCGCGAACAGCGUACCAGGCUUUAGCUCGGAACAAACAAACAGUUUAUGAAAAACAGCAACAAAAAUUUCUUUCUAAAUAAAACAAAUACUUCACAUUCGCCUCCUUAAACGAUCGACUUCGUAUUCCAUAAUUAGGCCACAAGGCCCGGAUUUUAAUGCACUAAAAAAUAAAAAAAAUACGCCUAAAAUUUGCGCUUAAAAUAACUUUUCGUGGGACCUAUUCUGGUUGUGUGAAUAAGUGAAUCGAAAAUAUAUUCACUUUUUCACUCUUAAAACCGAUUCUCGUUCUCUAAAAAAAUAUAUAAAACUGUACCGAAUUUGAGCGUAUUGCGAUAGAAAUUGCAAAAUGUUUUGACGUCGAUAGCAAAUUCAUUGGCUGCUUUUAUUCACGAAAAGAGAAUCACCACAUGAAUAGUAAAAGUGAAAACAAUGUGAAAACUAUUUGUUCGUUUCACUUAUUCACAGAACCAGAAUAGUCCCCUAGAAGUUUUUAAAAUGAAAACCGACACUUUGGCGAUUUGGUCUCAAAAUUUUUUUGUAUAUAUAAAAAAAAAAGCAUUUAUUGUGAAAAUAUGCUCGAUGAGUACGGUGACCAUAUUUCUACGGGCAAAACCCGGGACAGGUAAAAAAUUCGUUGGAUUGUUUUGAAAACAUUGGUUUUUCAAAAAAAAAAAAAACAAAUUAUAAAAUCAUAAUUUUUCCUAAUUUUGAUAUCAAGAUUUCUUAAACUAUUUUAUGUAAACAUUUUCGUUAAGGCUUGGCCACACCGGAGGGUACGCGGUAUAGCGGUAACGAUAUUUGUACUAAAAAAAUUCCAAACCUGAACGUUGAUGUGUCAGUUUGGAAUUUUUUUCAUACAAGUACCCUCACCGCUACCCGUACCGCUACCGCAUACCCUCCAGUGUGGCCAAGCCUUUAAAUUCAUUUUAGUCGUUUACGAGGAAGUCAGAAAUCAAGAAAACGGGUUUAUAAUAGGUACUGUUAAUAACUUCUUAAAGAAUAUUUGUUUAAUCAAAAUAGUGAAGCUGUUUUUAACAUUUUAAUUUAAUUUUACUUAAAUGACUUUCAACGACAAAAUAUGAUAAGCUCAUUAAAUUCUGACCUUGACAGCAUUGUUCAAUGGGGAAUAAGAAAUCGUGUAGAAUUUAAUGCAUCAAAAACACAAUGUUGCUUACUAUCAUUAAAACGGAACCUUCCACCCAUGCCACUAUCAAUGAGUGGCACUUGCAUCGAGGAAACUGAGAAACUUUCCAUUCUCGGUAUGAGUGUAACAAACCACCUUCUGUGGAACGAACACAUAUUCGAUGUCGCCAAAAACGCUGCGAAAUGUUUAGGUUUUCUCCGAAGAUGCAAGAAAUUCUUCUCAUCUUCUGAUCUAGCUGUAAUCUAUAAAGCUUACAUUCGACCAAAACUUGAAUACAAUUGUCACAUCUGGGCAGGUGCUCCGAUAACGUAUUUGAGUUUCUUGGACAGAAUACAAAAACGUGCUUUCAAAAUGAUAGAUGAUAGAUCGAUAACUGAGACAAUUGCGUCCCUAGACCACCGACGUAAUGUGUCAUGUCUCUCCUUGUUUUAUCGCUAUUUUUAUAAACAAUGUUCAGAUGAAAUAGCUAGUUGCAUUCCUCCCCUGAAAAAAUUUAACCGUAAUACUCGCGCUUCUAGGAAUGCUCAUCAGUUUACCCUUGAGCCCAACUUCGGACGUACCGUCAAAUACAGAGAUUCUUUCUUUAGCCGCACCACACGAAUGUGGAAUAUAUUACCCGCCUCUGUUUUUCCCUGCCAUUUUAAUGUCCAGAGCUUUAAAACUAAUGUGCAUCGGUUGCUCCUUUUAAAUCCCUCCCUAUUUUCCUGAAGCUCGCACUGUGUUUAACAUAUUAAGGGUAUUUAACUCCCUUUAGUGCGCGUUAAUUAUAAAAAAAAAAAAAAAAAAAAAAAAAAAAAAUCCAAUUCAACAUUUAAAUAUGUCCUUAAAACUCUUGAAACUAAGCCGAUUUUUUCCCCUUUCAUAUCGUCGGUCCAAAGGAAAAACUCACUAAUUACAUAAGAUUUCUAUAGCAGUUAGUGAGUUUUUUCUUUGAGCAGACGAUGUUGUUCACUUUUUCUGAUGUAGCUUUUCAACCUGACAAACACCAGCUAAAACUAAAUAAUUGACGAAAAAGUUAAAAAAAACUAAUGCUUUUAUACGAAAAAUUAAAAAACUUUUAUUUACCAACCACUGUUUUCUUGUUUUCCGUACAAAGUAUUUAAAAUUUUGGAUACAAAAAUCAGAAAAUGUAGAAAUACGGGACAAUCACGGGACAAAUUACAAAAUACGGGACACUUAUACGUCUCGGGUUUCUUAAAUAAAAACCCGGGACAAGCUAUAGAAAUACGGGACAGUCCCGGGCAAACCGCGACGGAUGGUCACCGUAUCAAUAAGCCAAAAUAUGCAUUUACUCCGUGUGUGAAUUGCGUUAAAUAGUUAACCCCGUGUAAAAUUUUUGAGGUGAAUAAAAAAAUUUCAGCUGUCCUGUAUGGCUUAUUGUUUAACAUUUAUCUCUGCCCCUUUUCUGCCAUGAUACUCCUCUUUUAUAAAAAAAAAAAAAACAAAUCAAAACCAUCUGCAAAAAAAUUUAACCUAAAUUUAACCAGGUCCCA